GUGACGGUAACAGCCCCACGGAGCAGCAGCUAGCUUGGGUGCUGUAGGGAUGUAAGGCACACAUCGGACUUUGUUUUGUUUUUUCCUGUGACUUCAUUCACCUAUUUCAGCGAAAAAUUUUUGAAAGGGAUUACGUCGGAACAACGACGGACGGAGAGAGAAUUUGAAUUUGUUUUAAAUUUUUAAAACAGGAGUUGACCGUUGAGAGGGAGGGGAGGCUUCAAAGAGAUGGUCAGCGUCUAGAGGAGGAGAAUACCCAUCCUGUGGUCAGCUAAGAUGAUGACGGCUAACACCCCAAUGGGGGGUGCUGGACACGUCACCUCGCAACAAUUGCUCAAAUGUAUAUCUAUUUUAAUUAUUGUUAUUUCAACUUCCAACGUUAUGGCGGCUAACGUCGAUCUUCCUGAUGGUUCUGUGGAUUUUAUCGAGGCUUUUGAACUCAGGAAACUGACGCCAGAACACGGAGUAGAGGUCAUCCCCGGGCUGUGUACCGCCAGGGUCAGGCCGGACGAUUCUGAGGACGAAGGAACCGUUGAGGACCCGGCCUGGAGGUUGAAGAAUGCAGAACUGCUACCUCAGAAAAAAAUUUCAGAGAUUUUUAAAGAGGGCGUACCAAACGAGUUUUCCAUCAUCCUGACCUUGAGGACGGAGGUCGAGGCCGAGGGCAAGGUUUUCACCAUCUACAACGACGACGCCACGGAGAUCAUGUCCCUGACGGUCGGCACGCCCAACCAGUUUUACUACAACGACUUGAACCACCUGCCCGGGGAGGGGUCGCCCGUCUUUGAGGCCACCAUCAACGAUGGAGUUUGGCAAAGAGUAGCCUUGAGUGUCAAGGGUCAAACUAUGACCUUGAUCCACAACUGCCUGCAAGUUGGCGUCUACCAACUGAAUAGAACGCUUCCAGUUCAGUUUGACACUGAAGGAACUGUGUUUUUUGGCUUCCAUCUAGGCGACAUAACCAAGGAGUUUAUACUGGACAUUCAAGAUUUACUCAUCAUCCCCGACCCAGGCGCCGCCUAUGAACACUGUGAGAAGUACACACCCAACUGCGAUACGCCUUUGCCGUAUAUGAUAUCACAUCAAUACGCACGUUCAUCUUCAUCAUCAUCUUCAUCAUCGUGGUCAUCGUCUUCAUCGUCGUCCUCAUCAUCGUCUAGAACAUCGGGGAUUGAGGUGCACAACUACACCACUAGUGAAGGUGGAGAAGGGUCCUCUGUGGCGUUGGAGUAUGGCUCAGCUGAAAUGACAUCCGUCACCUACAGAUUUGGACCACCAGGACCACCGGGACAGCGUGGAUCACCUGGCCCACCUGGCUUAAAAGGAGAUCAGGGUGUUGGAGGCCGAGAUGGUAUACCAGGUGCCAAUGGUGUGGCUGGACCUCCAGGACACGUCUUUGUGUUUCCAGUAAACUGGGACAAUGCCCAAGGCAACCAUGUGGAACAGUUCCGGUCAAUGCUUGACCAACACAUGCUGGCCAUGCGUGGAGCGCCAGGGCCUCAGGGAAUGUCCGGGCUACCUGGUCGAGUGGGACCCCCUGGACCUGUUGGUGAAAAGGGAGACAUUGGAAACAGUGGAGAAAUGGGUCCCAUGGGUUCUAUGGGCAUGCCUGGACUCCCCGGACCAUCUGGAAAACGUGGACGAACAGGCAAAGAUGGAGAACGAGGAAUUAUGGGACCUCCUGGUGAAAGGGGUCUGCCUGGCUUUGCUGGAAUCCCUGGUAUGAUUGGUGAAAAAGGUCAAAGGGGAGAUGCUGGCCCACCUGGAGAACCUGGUGCUGUUGGACAAGAUGGUGAACAAGGAGAUCCAGGAGAAAUUGGGCCAGUUGGUGCACCUGGAGAAAUGGGACCUCGUGGAUUUAUUGGACCUAGAGGAAGACCUGGACCUAUUGGUGCCCCUGGUCUACCAGGAGGUGAAGGUCCAGCCGGUCCUAAAGGAGAUGUGGGAGCUAUGGGGUCACCUGGUGCACCUGGUCAGACAGGCCCACCUGGACAAGUGGGUCCACCUGGCCCUUCAGGACCUCUAGGACCUGCAGGAAUCCCUGGUGCUACUGGAAAACCUGGCCUGCCUGGUAUUCCUGGACCCAUGGGACCAACUGGUAUUCAAGGCUCUCCAGGAACAGCUGGAGCUAAAGGUGACGUGGGUCCCCCUGGUCAGCAAGGUACUGUUGGCUAUCCAGGACCUCGUGGUGUCAAAGGUGACAAUGGUGCACGAGGUCCAUCUGGAGAUAAAGGAGACAAGGGAAUCACUGGAAAUGAUGGGAUGCCUGGUGAUAUUGGAGAAAAAGGAGAGAAAGGUCUGAGAGGUCUGAAUGGAUUGCCAGGACCUGAAGGCAUUGAAGGACCAAAGGGUGAAUAUGGUCCACCAGGUGAGGCCGGCUCAGCAGGACCUGCAGGUGAAAAGGGGCGUGUGGGUGUACCUGGGUUCCCUGGGUAUCCUGGAGCACCAGGACCAAAGGGAGAUCAAGGGCGCUUAGGAAGGCGAGGACGAAGAGGCUUAAGAGGAAAACCAGGAUUGAUUGGUCCAGCUGGUGAACAAGGAGAAGCUGGUGUCAGGGGUCAGCGAGGUGAGAGGGGAAAACAAGGAAUCCCAGGGCCACCAGGAAGUAAAGGUGAUCCCGGCACACAAGGACCCCCAGGAUUUGCUGGAGAGCAGGGUAUCCAAGGACCCCCAGGCCCACCAGGAAUAAUGGGCCCCCCUGGACCUAAUGGUGUACCUGGCAAUGAUGGACAACCUGGCCCAUCUGGUGAUCGUGGUGAACCUGGUAUACCUGGUAGCCCUGGACAGCCAGGUCCUGUAGGAGUUAUGGGACCUUCUGGCCCCCCUGGAGAAAGUGGUGCUUCUGGAGAUAGAGGUGCACCAGGCAAUCCUGGCCCACCAGGUGAUACUGGAGUACCAGGUGCUACAGGAAAAACUGGUCCACCUGGACCUGCUGGACCCGCAGGUGGCAUUGGGGCCCCAGGACCUCUUGGACCAGUUGGUAGCCCAGGUGACAGAGGCUACCCUGGACCCCCUGGUAAAGAUGGUGUACCUGGCAUUCAAGGACCUGAAGGUAGUGUUGGAGCCCCUGGAGAAAAAGGAUCACAAGGACCAACAGGUGCUUCUGGACCAAGUGGAGCUUCUGGCCCACCAGGAUUACCUGGAGAAAUGGGCAAAAGAGGAGAGAAAGGAAAUCAAGGACCUGAAGGACCUCAGGGUCAGCCAGGACCAAUGGGAGGACCUGGACCAAGGGGUUACCGUGGACCUUCUGGACCUGUGGGGCCACCAGGCAUGAACGGAGACAAGGGAGACCAAGGACCUCCAGGUGAAAGGGGAGAAAGAGGACAAGAUGGAGCUGAUGGACCACCAGGACCACAGGGUCCAGUAGGAAUUCAAGGACCGCAGGGCCCACCAGGACCUGGUGGUGACCCUGGCCCUAGAGGUGAACAAGGUAUACCUGGAAUGAAGGGCUCUGAAGGCCCCCGUGGAUUAUUGGGACCUAUGGGCUUGCCGGGAUUACAGGGAAUUCCAGGGCCAUCAGGUGAUAAAGGAACUGCAGGAGAACCAGGAAAACAGGGACCACCAGGAGCACCAGGACCUAUGGGCAGCCCUGGCAUUCCAGGAAGUUCUGGAUCUCCCGGUGAGCCAGGAAACCUAGGUGCUGAUGGUGCACUAGGUCCUAAGGGAGAUUACGGCCCACCCGGCCCACCAGGAACACCAGGAACUGAUGGCCCUCCAGGUGGACCAGGUGUACAGGGACCCAAAGGUGAUGAAGGACGACCUGGACUUGCAGGUGAUCCUGGCCCUAGGGGAGAGAGGGGAGAGGACGGAGAAAAGGGAGAAAUGGGCAUAAUGGGACCUCCUGGACCAGCUGGAGAGACUGGAGAGAGUGGUCAAAAGGGAGAUGAUGGACCACCUGGCAAAGAUGGAGAACCUGGUGUACCUGGCGCUGAGGGACCAGUUGGGCCACCAGGUGAGCCAGGCUUGCCAGGUACCACAGGACAACAGGGUGAAAUGGGCCCACCUGGUUUACCAGGCUCCAGUGGGUCACCAGGUAACAAAGGUGAGAGAGGUCUUACAGGCAACAGAGGAGAGAGAGGACAACCCGGAGCACCAGGUGUACCUGGCCAACAAGGGCCACAGGGACCUCCAGGCCAGCCAGGACCAGUGGGUGAGACUGGAGUACCAGGUCCAUCAGGAACACCAGGCAACCAGGGCCCUACAGGACCUCAAGGACCAUUGGGCAAUAAAGGCAGCCAAGGAAUUAAGGGUGUUAAGGGCAAUAGAGGAGAUCAAGGUCCUAUUGGUCAAAUAGGUGAACCAGGUCCUAAAGGAGAACCAGGUCCUAGAGGACCAGAGGGACUUAAAGGAGAUAUUGGUCCCAUUGGAAACAAUGGCCCACCAGGCCCACCAGGUGCGGAUGGACCACCAGGACCAAUGGGACCUGAAGGUCCACAAGGGCCUAAAGGUGAAAGUGGUACCACAGGACCAAAGGGAGAAAUGGGACCUGUUGGUCAGUCAGGCCCACCAGGACCACCCGGAGAGUUCUUGACCAAUCUGGCCAGCAGUUUUGGCAGGCCACAAGGGGACGAGGCUGAAUCUGAGAGGAGAAAGAGAAAGCGCAGGAAGAGGAGAAAGAGGUCAGCUGAGCCAACUGACAUUGAUGACGACCUUGACAGUGUGAGAGCCAAACUGAUUUCCAAGCAGGAGACUGGGGCUGCAAUCCAGGUUGGAGAAGUUAUUCAAGAGGUAUCUCGCGUCAUGCUCAACCACAUUGAUAUCCUGAAGAAAGAUAUUGAAAGCUUCAAGUACCCAGAAGGCAAGAGAGAGAACCCUGCUCUAUCAUGCAGAGAAAUCAAACUGGGACAUCCUUUAUUCAAAACCGGUUGGUACUGGGUUGAUCCCAACUUGGGCUCCAUUGAUGACGCCAUUCAGGUCUGGUGUAACAUGACAGAUGUACCUGAGACCUGUGUUUACCCAACCCAGAAGACAAAAUCUGUGGCAGAGCGAUUUUAUGACAAGACCAAGAAGGCUCAGUUCUUUAAAGACAUGACAGGCGGCUUCCCUAUACGCUAUGUUUCAAGUAUUCAAAUGAAUCUUCUACGUCUGCUGUCUGAGAGAGCCACCCAAAGGUUCACGUACUACUGUUCAGGAUCAGCUGCGUGGUUCAACUCUAAAACUGGAGACUUAAGCAGUGCCAUCUCUCUACUUGGUGAUAAUGAUUAUGAAUUUAACACAGCAAAAUUCGAUGCCAAGCAAAUCAUAGAUGAUGGCUGCAAGCAAUUGGGUGAAAACAGCUUCACAGUUUUUGAAAUUUCGACCAAGAAGCUGGACAGGCUGCCCAUAGUAAGUUUCCAGCCAACCGACUAUGGUGAACCCCAGCAGAAGUUUGGCUUCGAGGCAGGUCCAGUUUGCUUUCACUAGUGAAAGCUGGGAAGAGCUUUAAAAAGUUCAUUGUGCUAUCAUGCCAAGAAAAUCAUUUUUUGUUUCAGUGCCUUGGACAUUUUCAAUUUCAAAAAAAAAUAUUUUUUUAAAAUCAUACAUCACUCACAUUUUUUUUUUAAAUUUUCAAAUUUUUGAAUCAAACCUUUUAAAAAUUUUCUCUCUCAAAAUAAGCUGUUGUUGUUGCUUUCUUUUGAGAACAUUUUCUGUACUAACAUAAAUUAUGUUAAUGCAUUGUACACAGGAGAUGAUUGUCAUGUUAACACGAAGCUCUUUCACAAAGAGCUUUUUUUUUUUCCUGGCAUCUAUAUUUUUUUAUACUUUAUUUGAAGAGUCAUGUGAUACAGAUAAUCCGUCCAGACAAAUUAUACAUGCUUGUUGUUUUUAGAGUUAUCUCCAUUUUGAAAAUAUUCAUGGUAAACCUGAAAAAGUUCAUCUUAAAAAAAAUACUGGAUUUGUAAUGCAAUUUUGGAACAUGAAGACUUUGGUUUGUUAAAAAUUGAGAUUUUAGAAUAGGGAAAUCUCUAAAACCAAUCAAUCAUAAAUAAAAUGUCACCAUGUAUCAGUUACAUCUUUUCUAGGCUCAAAGAUUUUUUUUUUUUAUUUACAGUAAAAAAUAUUUGCAAAUGUGUUUUAUGUUCUAUCUAGUUGUUUCCCUUCAUGCUAAUUAGUACUUCUAUUAGCACUGUUUCUUUUUUUUUGUUCUUUCAAGCAUCUUUUUAUAUCCAAGUGUUCACCUGCUUAUAAGCAGGUUGUGUAUGCGAGAUAUCUAAGGAUGAAUUUUAAAUUUUUUUUUUGUUGAUCUGUAGAACAGAAAUGUUAGAUUUCUAGUAGUUAGGGAAAAAGUGAUGAUUUUUUAAGUAAAUAAUGUCUGCUUUAGUUGUAGAAACUUAAAAUGUGGAGUGAAUGUUAGUCCAAACAGCUCUCAUUUGUUUAGUUGUAUAAGUGUUGAUCUCACACUGCCCUUGUAACUCAUCUAUAAUCAAUAAAAAUUAGGAAACUUUGA